GUGCAAACAUGUCUACCAAAACAAUCUUCUAUUUUAUUUAAUAAUAUUUCAUCACUAAAUUCAAGACAAUAUCAUAAAACUGUUCAUGUUACGGAAACUAUCAAGGAAAAGAGAAGAAGAGAACAUGAAAUGCACACAAACAAGAAGUAUUUACACACAAGUGGAGAUGAAAGUGUUUUAAAAGGAUAUAAACCUGUUAUUGGAUUGGAAAUUCACGCUCAAAUUAAAUCUAAGAGCAAACUCUUUUCAACAAGUUCAACAGAGUUUACAAACUCCAUGCCAAACGUAAAUGUCACUUUGUUUGAUGCUUCUUUUCCUGGUACUUUACCUUCAUUGAACGAAUACUGUAUCAGACAAGCAGUUAAGACUGGAUUAGCUGUUGGAGGAAAAAUUAAUUUAUACUCUCAAUUCGACAGAAAACAUUACUUUUAUCCUGAUCUUCCACUUGGAUAUCAAAUUACUCAACAAUUUUAUCCUCUAGUUUCUGAAGGUAAAUUGAGAAUUGACAUUCCACAAGGAGAUGGUACAUAUAAACCAAAGUAUAUUAGAAUUGCUCGUAUUCAAGUUGAACAAGAUUCUGGUAAAUCUGUUCAUGAUUUGGAUAAUACCUUAAUUGAUUUAAAUAGAGCUGGUAAUCCAUUGAUGGAAAUUAUUACCUAUCCAGAUUUGAAUUCAAGUUUGGAGGCUGAAUUAUUUGUUAAAAAACUUCAAUUCAUGUUGAGACAUAUUGGAACAUGUGAUGGUAAUAUGGAAGAAGGUAGUUUGAGAUGUGAUGUUAACGUAUCAGUAUACAAUGCAUCAGCUGGUGAUCACCCACUAAGUGGUACUAGAUGUGAAGUCAAGAAUAUUUCCAGUGCUAACAAUAUUCCUCGUGCUAUUGAUUUUGAAAUCAAGAGACAUAUCGAAUUAUUGACAAAUGGACAAAAAAUUGAACAACAAACCAGAACAUUUGAUGCCAAAAAGGGAGAAACUUUACUUUUAAGAAGUAAGGAAAAUAUUCCAGACUACAAGUUCUUCCCAGAUCCAGAUUUGCCAUAUGUAGAACUUACUGAAGAUUAUGUUGAAUCUGUUAAAACUACUAUUCCAUCUCUUCCUGAUGAUAUUGUCGAAAAGUUGACAAGUGAACCAUACAAUUUGAAUUUCUAUGAUGCCAAUAUUUUAUUGACCAAUAAUGGAGGAGUUGAAUUCUUUGAGACAAUUUUGCAUGAUUCUAGAUGGUCAUCUAAAUUGAAUCCAAAACUUGUUGCUAACUGGAUUGCUAGUGAGCUUAUGGGUUUACUCAAUGCAUCUGAAAUCACACUAAGUGAUAGUCCUGUAUCAUAUAUUCAAAUUGGAUCGAUUGUUGAAGCUAUUCAACAUGAAGAUAUCUCUGGUAAAAUGGCAAAGAAGAUUAUCAAGAUAAUGUUUGAUGAAAAGAGUGGAGAGAUGGCACUGGAUAUUGCAGAAAAGAAUGGUUGGAGACAAAUAACAGACAAGAAUGUUAUUGGAGAGUUAUGUGAUAAGAUUAUCGCUGAACAUCCAACAGAAGUUGGAAACCUUAGAAAUGGUAAGGAAAAUGUAUUCCAAUUUUUAGUUGCACAAGUGAUUAAACUUUCGAAGGGUAAUGCAUCACCAUCUUUAGUCAAUCAAAUUUUAAGAGAAAAGGCUACUAAUAAACCAACAACAACAGACUAA